AUGAACGAAAAUAACAAAAAUAAAGGAAAAGAAAAGAAGAAAGAGGGAAAGAAAGAAGAAAGGAAAGAAAACGAAAAGGAAGACUAUCGAAGACUUCGAUUCAGGGAUGUAUCCCUUCCCGCAAGGAUAUUACUUCAGCGAUGCCACCAAUCAGGUUUCUGCCCGGAGCAUGAGAUAGAAGGCUGA